AUGGUGGGUACAUGUGGAUAUAGUAACCUGUCUGGUAACAGUGCCCCACCGCUCGAAGUGGAUCCGAACCAACUUCUGGCGAUGAUUCAAGGAUUGGUCACUAAUCAGCAGCACUUGGCUGGGCAGCUACAUAGGGAGCCACAGCAUCAGCCUCUCCCUCGUGCAGAGUCUGGUGUUAGGGAGUUCUGGUUUGUUGAACUCAAGCAGGGAGGCCGAUCAUUUGAUGAGUAUGAGGCCGAGUUCUCUUCCCUGAGUCAAUAUACUCCCCAUCUGGCUACAGAUCCUACUAUUAGGAGGCAUCAGUUUCAGAAGGGUCUGGAUAAGUAUAUCAGGUUUGCUCUGGCUGGUAGAGCACUUGCGAUGCACGAUGCAGUACUGGAUGCAACACGUGAGAUUGAGAGCAUGCAGAAGGAACUUAAAGACCCACAUGUGAUUCAGAGCAGGGCACCAGUAGUUCCAGCUAGGAUUGUCGAGCGUCCUUCUCCGAGGCAGCUGCAACAGGAACCGCAGAGGCAGCAACAUUCUCAACGUCAGCCACCCUCUCAGGUCCACCCCUAUCAGUGUCCUGGAGUGCAGUCCCAUGGCCAAUCUUCGGUGAAGUGUACCCAUUAUGGCUACAUUGGGCAAGGUUCUUGUUUCUUCUGUCCUGCUUUAUCACUCUAUGACUCUGGAGCCUCCCAUUGUUUCUUGUCUCGUCGAUUUGUGAGUGCCUACUCUCUUCCUAUAACUCCUCUGACUACGGGCUGGAAUAUUAACACUGGCAGUGGUGUCCUAGUAGCAUCCAGUGGUUAUGAAGCAUGUCCUUUGGUUAUCUGCGGGAGGGAACUCUUUGCAGACUUUCUGGUGGUUGAUUUGUUGAGCUUUGAUGCAGUAUUUAGGAUGGAUUGGUUAGGGUCAUUCUUUACCACCAUUGAUUGUUGUCGUCAAAGCGUAGUAUUUGAGAUACCGGAUCACCCAAGGUUUGAGUUCCUCAGUAGCAGUACUUCGACCGGACAUGUAGAAUACAUAGCUAGACCGAAGAAGGAAACAUUAGCUACAAUGCAAGUGGAAUCCGAGAAGCCAGUUGUAGUUCAAGAAUUUGGAGAUAUAUUUCCCGACGAUAUUUAUGGAUUGCCACCGGAUCGAGCAAUUGAGUUUUCCAUAGAUUUGAAUCCGAGAGUUGCUCCGAUCUUUAAGACUCCUUAUCGCAUGCCCCCGGCUGAGUUAGCCGAGCUUCGGACUUAG